UUUUUUUUUUCUACUACCAUUCGUUUUAACAAUACACUCUCUUGUUGUUUGUACUUUCACUCUACAGCAUGGAAAAUAUUUGUAAAAAUAAUUUUGUAAAUAUCAACGUAGAACAAAUAACAUUGCAUAUUGAAUUCAUGUAAUUUAUGGAUGAUAAAAAAAGGCUCUGUUACGGUCCCAUUUAAACGAGUACAGACGAACUGCAAGAAAUUAUACUUUUACCCGGCAGUGAAUGAUAGGAGCGUGACCUGGCUCAGCUGCUUGGUUGGAAUCAGGAAUCAGGAACUAGGGACGGCCGGUUGGCGAGGAGUCUGCAGAACUGACGAGAUUUUACACCAUGACUUCGGCAGAAUUACGAAAACAACUGGAGGAGUACUUAAAAAAUAGUAAUAUUGAAACUGUCUGCGUGGACCACCCAGAGGUAUUUACAGUGGAAGAAAUGAUGCCCCAUGUUCAGCACCUAAGCGGAGCCAUCAGCAAAAAUCUUUUCCUCAAAGACAAAAAGAAGAAGGGUCUAUGGCUGGUGACAGCACGUCACGACAGGCAAGUGAACCUCAGCGAUCUUGCAAAGAAGCUGGGAGUAGGGAGUGGUAACCUCAGAUUUGCUGAAGAAGCAGCCAUGCUGGAGAAGCUCAGAGUGGGCCAGGGGUGUGCAACACCACUCGCUCUGUUCUUUGACAAACAAGGAGAUGUCAAAUUUGUCCUGGACAGUGAUUUGGUGAAUGGGGGACAUGAAAGGGUAUAUUUUCACCCCAUGACUAAUUCAGCAACUAUGGGACUAAAACCUGAGGACUUCCUGACAUUCUUAAAGGAAACUGGACACGAACCUAUUCUGCACAAUUUUGAUUAGAAAUUUUAUGAAAGCUCAACUUGUACCAUAAGUAUUGGUAAAGAAAAAAGUUUAACCAGAUUCAACAAUGUGUGGCAAGUCAUGCAAACCAUUCUAAACUCAAACCAUUCAUAUCAAACACUGCUUUAUUUUUUUUUAUAUAUAUAGUAAACCAGUUCUUCUGACAUGUCAAGUAUUUUUAACAGCCUUACUUAAGGAAUACUUACCUACAAAAGUGCAUAUGUGUUAUUUUGAGGUAGAAGUUUUUUUUAUUUUUAAAAUGCAGUUUCCAAAGUUUCUGCUGUUU